CAAUUUUGAAUAUAAAUGAGGAAGUUGUAAAAAAAUAUAAACACUAAAUGGAAAGUAAAUUAAUACCUACUUAGCAGUUAUGAUACAUCAGUUUUUUUUCUAUUAAAUCCAACAUCGAGUUACUGUGUAGGCAAACACGAAAACCACUCAACUGAAGUACUACUGAUCUUACAAAAUAUUUACUGUUUCAAUUUACACUAUUUAUAGGUACUUAAUUCUAUUUGCACUUUUAUUUGCACAGUGAUGCUGAUCACACCGUGAGAACAAAUUACACAAUUAAGUAUAACUUAAGUACGCAGAUACACUGAAGAUAAUAAUACAUAGCAUCCUCACGUAAUGUAAUAUAGAGUCUCCAUUAAUCUUGUAGUUACAUUUUGCUUAGAAUCAAUGUCCCGCUCCUUUAUUAAGUUACGUACGCGUAUACGACAUAGUAAACUCUAUAGGUAUUUAAUAAAUUAUCAGAUAAAGAUCUGCGAUAUCAAUUCAAAAUGGUACUCCAAACAAUGAACUUGUAACUAAGGUCACUUUUAAAAAUACCAAAAUUAUAGGAUAUUAACUCAAAACAUAAUGUGAUCCUAAAUAGGUACACAAUAUGUGUAAUACAAUUUGAAUUGUUUAUUUCCGUUUGUUUUAAUAUAAAUAAUAUCAUAACAUGCAUUGGGCUAUCUGUUCACCGUCAGCAUUGGAAGAACGUAACUUACAGCAGGCCCCAGCAUGCAGCUCCUACUCCUCCUGGUGAUAUCUGCGCCCCUGGUGCUCGGCUACGACGCCAAGUACGACCAGCUCGACGUGGACAAGAUCCUGGCUGAUGACGACACAUUCUCCGCGUACGUCAACUGUCUGCUCGAUAAGGGACCGUGCAGCGUCGAGCAUUCCGAGGACUUCAAAACAAUCUUUCCCGAAGUCGUGGCGACCGCUUGCGAGAAAUGCUCAGACCUACAGAAAGCUAAUGUAAGGAAGUCAGUGAAGGCUCUGCAGGACCGAAGACCAGAGGAUUUCAAGGCACUGAGAACCAAGUACGACCCCAAAGGGGACUACGAAGAAAAGUUUUUAAGGUUCAUUCUUGGCAACUAAGCCUUGACCGACAGAAACUGGGCCUUUCUGUAAAGAAAGGACUCAGCUUUUCGAUCACUGUACCACUUACUACCAUUGGCUAUGAAACUGUGUAUGAAAUGGAGAAGUGAUGAUUGAUGAACGUAUAUCACUUGAUAUUUCUUUUAUUUAAAAAUGUGGAGCAUUACAUUUCUAUUUAUCUUAAUUAUCAAUAAACGGUGAGAUUAA